AGAAAGGAAAGUCUUGCACGUGCAAUUGAGCAUGAGUCAAAUGGAAAUUCUGCUGCUGCUUAUGAAUGCUACCAAAAGGCUGUUGAUAUUACACCUUAUAUUGCCAAUGAACUGAUCCAGGUUUUGAAGCAGGAGAAUGUUUGUUACAUUGUGGCUCCUUAUGAGGCUGAUGCCCAAAUGACCUUCUUGGCAGUCAGUAAGCAGGCUGAUGCUGUUAUCACUGAGGACUCUGAUCUUAUACCGUUUGGCUGUCCAAGAAUAAUCUUUAAGAUGGACAAGUUUGGGCAAGGUGUAGAGUUUAAAUAUUCUAUGCUAAAUAAGAACAAGGAACUGUCUUUUGCUGGAUUCACUGAGCAGAUGCUUCUUGAGAUGUGCAUUUUGAGUGGGUGUGACUAUUUGCAAUCAUUACCGGGAAUGGGGCUAAAAAGAGCUCAUGCACUUAUGAAAAAGUUGAAAAGUUAUGACAAGGUGAUUAAACACUUGAGAUACAGCACUAUUUCAGUUCCUCCUCUUUAUGAAGAAUCAUUCAAAAAGGCAAUAUUGACAUUCCAGCAUCAACGUGUGUAUGACCCAGUGGUUGAAGAUAUUGUACAUUUGUCUGACAUAUGUGACAACCUUGGUGAUGAUCUGGACUUUUUAGGCCCAUUAAUGCCACAGCAUAUUGCUAAAGCUAUAGCAACUGGUGAUCUUGAUCCAUUUACACAAAGACCACUUCAGCAUAGUAAUUCCCUUCUCAAAAGUUUCAAAACUGAAAGUCAAAGGAAAAACCUAGAUUUGCCUGUGCAGAAGAAUCUCUUGACCAAAUAUUUCUGCUUUGCAUCUCUUGAGGCAAAGAGAAAAUUCAGGGCCCCUCGUGCAUCACCCAAGCAUGACAGUCCAACAGACACCAUGUCAGAUAGUCCAGGUGAACAGAUAAGUGUGGAGGCUGCUUCUUCCAGAGCAAAUGAUUCAUUGGCAUCCUUGCCUGUCUUUGAAGAUUCAGGCGAUAACUCCCUUGCUAACAACUUUGUCAAAAAUGAAUCUGUUGCAGAAGUUCCAGAAUAUGCAGAAUUCCCAAUCAACGGAAAAGAUGUAGAAUCUAAGAAAAUUGGUCCAAAACCAACUUUGCUGCUAGAAUAUGGGAGUUCAAUGUACAAACCUUGUAUUGCAACAGAUAGAGGACAUGAUUAUAAAAACAUCGGAGAUACAGUCGAGGGAAAAACAAGAACGGAGACCAAGAAGGUUAUAGUGAGGAGUAAAUAUUUUCAGAAUAAGCAAGUAAGCGAGAAUCAUCAAGAUGAUAAACAAGAAAAGAUGUUUAUCGACAAUGAUGCUUCAAUUGGUGGCCCUAAGAAUUUUAUUCUUCAUAAUGCUGCUCCCAGGAGCAGCUGUCUGGAGAAUGCACCUGGAAAAAGGAAGACUUCCCCAGUUGAUUUCAUUCAAACUGAAAACUCGAAUCCCAAGCACAUGCGAGGUGAUGCAUCUCUUCAAGAUAAUGGAUAUUGUGAUCCUAACCAUGAGGAAACACAUCUAGAGAUGAAAAGAGAAGGAAAGUUUGGAGCAGACAUCUCACAUUUAAGCCAAUAUUCUGAAAUAGCAGAGAAAUCAAUAGAAAGAUUUGUUUCCGUGAUAUCAUCAUUUAGAUGCUCUUCGACUGGUUCUCGAGCAAGUGGUCUUCGAGCCCCUUUGAAAGAUGUACGGAACACUUGUCCUAACAGGACAUCUGUUGAAGUGGAUCUAAGUCAAUUUGCUUAUGUACCAAGUAACAAGAAGCCUGUAAGACGGCCACGGAGAUUCUGACUCUUGAUUGAUGAAUAUUUAAGCAGAAACUGCUGCAUAUGCAUCUAUUCCAUUUUGAGUUGUAACGCGACUGAAUAUUCAGUUCUCUGUGACACUAUUAAGGGUUACUGUUCACUUUCAUAUUGCUUGUUUGUGAUUAUAUUUCUACAUUUGUUUUAGUCUUACCUAUUUCUUUUUUCCUUAAGAGCUGACUUAACUCGAGCUAUUUGGGAAUUGUGGCUUCUCUUGCUGCAUGAACAAUUGAUCUGUGAUGGGCCGUAUUCUUGUAA